AUGGGGCUGAGUGAGAAGGAAGGCCUGGACAUGGAUGACAUACCCUAUAUCUUAGAAGGCCAUUUUCCUGACAGAUACCAGUUUAAUUCCUUGAAACUAAUGCCAAAAGGUAUUGGUAACCAUACAGGCUGCCCAUUGCUGGAGGACAGAGUCCAUUGUGUGGCAUUUGUGUUCAAUGCCAACUCUGUUGAACAGCUCUCCUAUCAGAUGGUGAAAAAGAUCAAAAGAAUUCGAAGGGAGUUGAUUAAGUCUGAAAAACAUGUGUGUAUGGUCAGUCACUCUGUCAUGUCCAACUCUCUCCAGCCCAUGAACUGUAGCUCUUGUAGCUCUUCAGGCUUCUCUGUUCGUAGAGUUUUGAAGGAAAGAACACUGGAGUGGUUCGUCAUUUCCUCCUCCAGGGGAUCUCCCUGA